CAACCUCACCUGAUCAUCAUCAACACGAUGGCAUCAAGUCUUCUUUUCAUUGUGGUCCUCUGUUUGACCACUGGACUGUGGACUGGAGCAAAUGCGACAUGUGGACUAGAUCACUGCUGCAAAGUUUGCCCUCAAGGUUGGGCUAUGUUUGGGGAACGGUGUUACCAGUUCAACAACGUCAAGAAGACCUGGGCUGAAGCAGAGCAUUUCUGCACCACUAUCGGUGGAAAUCUGGCUUCCCUCGAAAGCGACGAUGUCUACAAGGCCCUCAGAGAGGGGAUUUUCAGAGUGUCUGCCGCACAUACAAACACUUGGGUUGGAGGCUACGAUUCAUCACAUGAGGGUAUUUGGCUGUGGAGCGAUGGCAGAAAGUUUGACUUCAAAGGCUGGGCUGACGGCGAGCCCAACAACAGUGGUGGAGGAGAAAAUUGCAUGGAGAUCAACUUUAAAGGAAAGGAUUUUGUCAACGACAUAAAGUGUAAUCAGAAGAAAGCUUUUCUUUGUGCCAGAGACCCACAAUAAGACAUCUGACAUGUCUGUCAUUGUGAGGUCACAUUCCCACUGAUGAUGUCACUUCCAAUAUGAAGUUGAGCCUCAACAACCUCACUGUUGGAAGAUCUACUGACGUUUCUGAUUUGAUUUCAGUUGAAUCAAUCAAUAAAUAUAUUCUGU